ACAAACACUCAGAAAUGAGACUCCUAAUCUGGUUUAGCUUUCUCGCAAUUUCGUUAUCGCACGAGUUGCCCUCAACGUUUCAAAAAUGUCCCCGAAAAGGCCCAAAUUUCAGUCAGUGUUCGGUGAAAGCGGUCGAAAAUGCCGUAAGGCAACUCACUAGACCCAUCAAAGAGGUGGGGUUGCCCGUCAUUGACCCAUUAGAGGUACCAUCGAUGACCAUCGCGCCUGGAAAUGGGCCCACCAAAUUUCAGCAAAAUUACAAAAAUAUGAAAGUUUGGGGCUACUCCAAGGGGCAAUUUUCGAAAUUUGAUUUUGAUUUUGGGCAAAAAACGGUGACAUUGGAUGUGUUAUUCCCCGAACUGGUUUUCGAGUUUGAGUAUGAUUUCAAUGGGACGAUUCUGGUGCUACCUUUUCAAGGUCAUGGGCCUGGGGUGGCCAUAUUUGGUAACAAACUACGAUUUUUACGCAAUUUUUUCAAUUUUUUUCCAGAAAAAAUCAAAUAUUUUUUUGAUUUUUGGUUGGAAGAAUAUACGAGGGGUGGUCGAAAAUAUUACAGAGUUGUCCGAAAUAGACUUGUUAUGGAGCCAGAGUUAAUCAAAUUUAAAUUUGAUAAUUUGUUUAAUGGUGAUAAGGAGUUGGGUGAUAAGAUUAAUCAAGUUUUUAAUGACAACAGCAAAGAGGUUUUUGGUGACGUCAAGUCGAGUUAUGAGGAGGCUUUUGGGCAGAUUUUUACAAAUAUUUUUAAUCGUUUGUUGGCAAGAGUGUCUAUUGUUGACCUUUUUGAAUGAUAAAAAAUAAAAAAUAAAUUAAACUGGUUUUCCCAA